CUUCGAAUCUAGCUUCCCUCUCACAUAUCCACACAACAAAAAGAAAUGGCUCUCACCGUGAGCAGCGGUGGCGGAGGAGCUAGAAUCCGCUGCAACGACCUCACCGAUUCCUCUCGUAAUCCUUUCUCCACCUUCCGACUCGUAAACUUCCCUUCUCCGUCUAGAACCUGUCUUCACGUUGUCUCUGCCGCCAAAAAACCAUCCACACAGACUGGUCGGUUCGACAGCAAGAAGCGUCGGACUCUCGUUCCUACGACGACCAAGGAACAGUCGGAAGAGGGAAACGGUGGGUACGACGGGGAGAAUCCGCCGUCUGAGAUCGUAAUCAACGACGAAGAUGGAGAUAGAACGGUGGUGAAUACUCGUUUCAGAGGUGAUCCAAAAGACGCGCCGAAAUUUGCACUUAAGGAUCUUCCAGGGCUUGAACCAGAUCCUUUUGAAGGUGAGAAGUGGGAUGGUCUAGGUUUCUUCGUUCAGUACUUGUGGGCUUUCGGAAUCCUUUUUGCGCUAAUCUCCGGUGGACUUGCGGCGGGGACUUAUAACGAAGGUGCGACGGAUUUCAAGGAGACGCCAGUGUAUAAAGAGGCGAUUCAAUCACGUGACCUUCUCGAUGAAGCAGAGAGUUCAAACUCUGAGGAUGUGUUCGAGUCCAACCCAACAGAAGUGGCGCCUAGUUUGGAAUAGUUUCAGUUCAGUGUUUAGAGAAAGAAUUCGAAAGACUGAAUCUUUUUACUUUUGGGGUGUUUAAAAAAGCCAUAUUCCAAGUUGAUCUUGAGCUUGUUGUGUUCAUAAUGUUAUAGAUUCAAAGUUAAAAGAAGAGUAUUGUUCUUCAUUGUUCUG